CCUCAGACAGUAGGCAAAUAAAAAGUUAUAAAAAACACGAGACAUUAAAAAGAUUAAGACUUAAACAAUGAUGCUGUUCUCUAGCUUCUUCUGCAGUCGCUUCCUUUUGUGUCUGUUAGUGGUGGUGUUGGUGUUAAGAUGUAGCUCUUCCUUCACAUUAUGACCAUGUCUUCUGUGAAAUGAUAACAUCCCCCAUCAACGUUUUCCUGCUUCAUUGAUGACGCAGAGCCCCACACCUCACUCUUCCAGUAACAUUUUAUAGAGCAGCUGGUCAAUAAGUAAUCUGCAUUGUGUUUUAUGACCACACAGUUUCAAGAACAAGACUUUGAAUCAAAGCCUGUGAAUGUUAUUCCUUCAGAGUUGGCUUGUGUUUAGACACUGAAAACAUACGUCAGAUUGAUCAUAAGUGUCUUUUAAUGCAUAUAAGUCCUGAAGCUGCUUUUUUCUGCAGAGCUCAAUCAUUUUUCUUGUCCAGAAAGUAUCAAUUGACCCCACUGCACAUUCAAACCACAAAAAUAACUCCAUCAUUCAGUCUGAUGGCAGUUUAUGUCAUAGUUAUCCUCUUGAAAGUGUUGGCAAAAUCCUUGUCCUUUCCAUGACAACCAGCCCUAUUUUUUCCUUUCAAACCAAAGGUCAGAGUCAUAAUCAAGAGAUUUUACAACCAGCAGUCCACAUUUCACUCCACCCCGGGCAGGUCACCCAGACACAGAUUCUCUGGAGGAUCACAGGGACCCAGUCUGCCUCAGAGGACGCUGAGAUUUAUGUUCUACUAACACUACUGGAAUACUUGCGAUCAUGCCGUCCCUUAUGAAGAUUCUUUUUUUCAUCUCCAGUGCAUCGUUAACUGCUUCAGCAGUUGUAAUACUGUCGUACGCCAUGACAGCAGAGUGGAGUACGACAAACCUUGAGUGCUCAAUACCAGGAAGUGUCUCCUUCAACGGGACUGCUGUGGUCCGGCUGAAGCUUUUUCAGGGGGUUAUAGUGAGAAACUUUUGCCCCUUGUUUGGCGGUACUGAUCGUUUUGAAGUGUUCCCUAAGUUGGUGGACACAGAAGGUCCCUCUGCAAUCCUGCAUGGUUUGGUUCUCGGCUUGUUGGCCGUGUGUCUUCUGUGUUCGGUCUGCAGCAUCCUCAUCUCUCUCUACAACAGUGUCAGUAACCCUUAUGAGACCUACAUGGGGCCUGUGGGCAUCUAUGUCUGCAGUUCACUCAGCGCAUGUCUGGCUUUACUGGUCCUCAUCCUCUAUGUGGUGAAUGUUCUUGUGACCACCAUGCCAGAGAAUCUGGUGCAGCUCUUUGCUGAAGGUAUUCCAGCAGAAUUGAGGAACAAGACGGCAGAGAUGCACGUAGGAUACUACAUGCUCAUCCCUUACAUCGUGCUCUCUAUCGGCGCCAUCGUUUUGAUCUACUCGUACGCCCAUGCUGCCUACACACACAGGAGGGAGCAGCAGAGGCCUACUGAGGACGCACCCAAGGAGAUCAUGAUGUAUUAGUGGACUGGACUUGGGAUGAAGGGACUUUGGAAUCUCUUUCUUGAGUAAUUUACUGUGAUAGAGAAUGACUGACGGAAAUUGAAAGAUGUAUAGCUUUUGAAGAUUCAAUACAGGACAUACCUUUAUAUUUACAACAGCUUUUCACUCUGAGCAGCACUUUUAGUCCUUUUAGAUCUGGUUUAAUAUGAAGUUGUCACAUGUUAAACUAUAAGUUAAAACAAUACGUUUGUAAGUACAUUAAUCAGAAACCCUCUAUUUAUUUUGUGUGAAGAUAAUUUACUAGCUGGAUCAGGGUGAGGAAAAAUUAUCAUUUUUAAAAAGAUGUCAUUUAAAUAUGUCUUUUAAUCAUUAAUACAUCAAAAGUGUCUUUUUAAUCAACGGCUAAUGUAAAUAAACAUUUGAGAUAUGAAAAGCUGGAUCUUAAAAUAAAUGACACCUUACCUUUUUCUGUAUUUCUGUCAUUUUUGAGUUUCAGAAGAAGACAAAAUGAAAGGUAUGAAGGAAAACAGACACAAUACUCAUUUACAAAAGGUCAAAUUCAUAUUCACAAAAGAUGUUCAGGCUGUGUUGAAAUUAAAGUGAAAGAGGUGAAGGAAAACUGGGUGAGGCACAGUGGGAUGAUUGGUCUCUUCUGCCCUCUAUCUCUGAGAUGACCGAACAGCCUUUUCACGCCAAAUUGAAGUUUACAUCAAACGCAGAAAUAGAAAACAAUCAGCUUAUUUUCUGACUCGUUCCUCAGUCAUGACUGGCAGUUUUUGUUGUUGGUCCAUUUUAUAUUUUGGGAUCUGGAAUUGCUCCGGCUGAAAACUCCUGAUCAAGGUUUAGGCGGAAAACUCCAGUGAGUUAUAACCCUGCUAAAAGUCAAACAAUGAACUAACACACACUGUUGGAAACAAUUGGCAACCUGCCCCACUGGAUUUUCAUAUUCCACUGGAUUUAAAUUCAUUCAUAUUGUGUGCUAUUUGUGAAGUGUCUUGGAGUUCUGUGAA